AUGGGCCAAAAACUUGUGAAGCAGUUCAUUCACCCAGUCCACCGGAGGUCAGUGCGGUCCGUCCUCGGCCAGGCGCUAGCGUCUCAUGAGGUUGCCAACUUCGAGCUCACUCUGUUCACCAAGGAGGGCGAACAGCGGGACAUUCUGCUCAGCGCCACGCCACGGUGGGGGCAGAAUGGGGAGAUCAACGGUGUGGUUUGCGUUGGGCAGGACGUCACCGAGAUGAAAAAACACAGAGAGCGCGCCGAGCGCAUGGCCAACGACUACGCGAGGCUGAUCAAUACUGCCAACGCCCCCAUCUUGGGCACAGAUAAGAACGCUUGCGUUAACGAGUGGAACGGAUGGGUCGCGCAGAAAUCUGGCUAUAGUAAGAUGGAGGUCCGCGGAAAGAUCCUGACCAAUUAUAUCGCGGACACCUCCAAGGCGACGGUCUUGGAUGUGCUUGCAGCUGCAUCGAAGGGCAAUCCCACCGAGACUUUUGAGGUCGAGUUGGCUCCGAAGAAGGACGAGAAGCCGGUCUCUCUGCUGCUCAAUGCCACACCACGUGUGAGCCCGCAGGGCGACAUCAUUGGCGUCAUCUGCGUUGGUCAGGACAUCACUCAUAUCAGGGAGAUUGAGCACAAAAAAUCAAGUUUCAUGGCGAUCGUCAGCCAUGAGCUCAAGUCUCCACUGAACGGCAUCAUUGGCCUCAGCAGCGGCCUGGUGGAGGCGGCCCAGGUGGACACGCUGGCGCACAAGCAGCUGAAGCUGAUCCACAAUUGUGCGAGCAGGCUGUUGGACAUGGUAAAUAACAUAAUGGACGCGUCCGACCUGGUGCAGGACAAGAGGAUGAAGUUCUCGCGUGACCAGGUCCGGAUGGGCGAUGUCAUCGAGGAGGUUGUCGUCCUAUGCAGGAAUUCGCAAGACAGACACGGCAAGAAGCUCAUGAAGGAUGGCGUGCAGCUCAUCUAUGCUGACGUUGAUCUGCCAAACAUUGAGGCAGAUCCGUACCGUUGCACUCAGCUCAUCUACAACUUGGUAACCAAUGCUCUCAAAUUCACCCACCAGGGCUUCGUGGAGAUCACUGCCUCUGCGGACUAUGACAAGGAGGAGAUCUGCGUCGUCAUCAGAGAUACCGGCAUCGGCAUCGCUCCGGAGAGAACGUGGACCGUAUCUUUCAGCCGUUCGACCAGGAGGACCAGUCCUCCACGCGCCGGUACGAAGGGCUCGGCUUGGGCCUGGCCAUCUGCCGGGAGGUCGCGGUUAAGCACGGGGGCUCUCUGUCCGUAG